AACCGCUCAAACUCUCUCGCAUUACACAGUUCACUCGCUCCGGUGAAGCUUAUCUGAGAGAGGUUGAUUUGCGACUAUAGAAGUUGAUGAGCGAGAGAAUUAGGAUCUAUUCUUGAUCCAAUCGUAGGUCAUUGAUUGUUUCGCGAGAUCUACCAGAUCUGGUUCAGGAGCGAAGCGGAUUGACUCAGUUCAAAUUUGGAAACCAACGACUGUGGUGGAGUUUGAAUCCAUCUCAUUCUCGGUCGUGUUCGUUUUUUCUCUGAUUGGAAAUGGCGAUUUCAAGCCCUGUUACACCUGGGCUAAUGUCGGUGGUGCUCGGGAUCGUGCCGGUGAUCGCGGCUUGGCUAUACUCCGAGUAUCUGCACUAUACAAAACAUUCGGUCUCCGCCAAAGCUAGGCACUCUGACGUCAGCUUGGUGGAAAUAGCGAAAGAUUUUGUCAAAGAAGAUGACAAAGCCCUUUUAAUAGAAGAUGGAGAUGGUCUUCAAUCAGCUUCUCCCAGAGCCAAGGGCUUGUCCACACAUUCUCCUCUCAUCAGGUUUGCUCUUUUGGAUGAGUCGUUCUUGGUUGAGAAUAGGCUGACGUUGAGAGCAAUAAUUGAGUUCGCAUUACUUAUGGGAUACUUUUAUGUCUGUGACCGCACGGAUGUCUUCAAUUCAUCGAAGAAGAGUUACAAUCGGGAUCUCUUUCUGUUCCUUUACUUCCUUCUCAUCAUCGUUUCAGCAAUAACUUCUUUCACGAUACAUAAUGAUAAGUCUGCAUUCAACGGAAAGGCCAUCAUGUACUUGAAUAGGCAUCAAACCGAGGAGUGGAAAGGCUGGAUGCAGGUCCUCUUUUUGAUGUACCACUACUUUGCUGCUGCAGAGUACUACAAUGCGAUACGUGUUUUCAUUGCUUGCUAUGUAUGGAUGACUGGAUUUGGGAACUUUUCUUAUUAUUACAUUCGCAAGGACUUUAGCCUUGCAAGGUUUGCACAGAUGAUGUGGCGGCUAAAUUUCCUGGUCAUAUUCUCCUGCAUUGUCCUCAACAACAGUUACAUGCUAUAUUACAUCUGCCCAAUGCACACUCUGUUUACUCUGAUGGUCUACGGAGCACUUGGUAUCAUGAAUAAGUAUAAUGAGAUGGGUUCCGUCAUGGCCGCCAAAUUUGUUGCUUCCUUCUUUGUGGUUAUCAUCGUUUGGGAAAUUCCCGGUGUUUUUGAAUGGAUUUGGAGUCCAUUUACGCUCCUAAUGGGUUACAACGAUCCCGCAAAGCCACAGCUUCCCCUUUUGCAUGAGUGGCAUUUCCGCUCGGGCCUUGAUCGGUACAUAUGGAUAAUCGGGAUGCUAUAUGCAUACUACCACCCAACUGUUGAAAGUUGGAUGGAUAAACUGGAGGAAGCUGAGAUGAAGUUCAGGAUGGCUAUCAAAACAACUGUGGCACUUAUAGCUCUAACGGUGGGAUAUCUUUGGUACGAGUACAUAUACAAGCUGGACAAGCUAACAUACAACAAAUAUCAUCCUUACACAUCUUGGAUUCCAAUAACUGUUUAUAUAUGUCUCCGGAACAUCACCCAGUCUUUCCGCGGCUAUAGUUUGACACUUCUGGCGUGGCUUGGGAAGAUAACCUUGGAGACGUAUAUCUCACAGUUUCAUAUAUGGCUCAGAUCUGGCGUUCCUGAUGGCCAACCAAAAUUACUACUAUCUCUUAUCCCGGAUUACCCGUUGUUGAACUUCAUGCUCACAACUUCGAUUUACGUCGCUAUCUCUUAUAGGCUUUUCGAGCUUACCAACACUUUGAAAACAGCCUUCAUACCAACCAAGGACGACAAGCGCCUUGUCUACAACACGAUCUCGGCACUCAUUAUCUGCACUUGUCUCUACUUCUUCUCAUUUGUUCUGAUCAAAAUACCCCAAAAACUGGUGUGAAGCACGUCUGAACCGGACCAGAGUGGAUAUUAAUUGAUAUAUCAAUUUGCAGAGGAGUUAAAUGAAGUACGCGAAGAUAUGGUGGAUAUACGAAGAUAGAGAUCAGAGGUAAGAUGGAUACAAAUGUUGCUAUAAUGCCAUAUGUCUGUAUAUCCCUUUUAUUUAUGAACAAGGUCAAGGUGUUCUUUCUUAGUUUAUAUAAGUUUUGUUUAUGAUGAUGUUAGGUUUUGUGUUUUCAUAUAUAUGUGUAUAUUUGCCAAUUCUCCAAAAUCAGUUGAUAAUAAAAAUAAAAAAAUGGCAUCAUCUAUUGCCAAAUUUCC